CGCUACGUGCCCAAUUCAUCUCACCUCGAUAACCAACUUUGUAAUAGGUAUUGGGGUAGUGGUUCGUCUGAGAUGUUCAAAAAUAUUCAUAUCACGGGUUCAUGCAUAAUAUGCCACAGAGAAAGUUUGAGUAUUGUGUUGGCCCCGUUGAUCUCAGCGUUUUUCUUUGUUUGCGUGUAAAAAGUUGAUGGUCUCGAAGCACAAUUCAAUAUGGCGGGACAUUGCAUCUUGAAGUUAUAAAGCGUUGUAGUUCAAGCAAUAAAAAUGCAUAUUCAUUAAAUGAGGCGUUUUUAGAGCAACGGAACUUGAGUGAAGUUAUGGGCUGCAAUUUAUAAUUUAAACAGAAGAUGUGCGAUGUAUGCGCUGAAUUCUUGGAUCUGCUACAGUCGUAUGAAGAAAAGGUUUCUAAAGAAUCAGAUGAACGGCCAAUACUUCGAAAAGAUGAAGUGGAGACAGUUUUUGUGUAUAUCCAGUCUUGGUCUCAGAGACAAUGUAUGUGCUGUUUUCGUGAUCCAAAGAACUUUGAAAGGUUUAACUUGAUAACUCAGAGUAUAUUGUGCCUGGCAGUAUGUCAAUUGAAAGAACUACGAGAGGACUUGGUUAAAGCUAAGUUAUUAGUAAAAAAUGAAAAAGAAUUAAGUAAUGAAAGUUGUGCAGACAGUAAAGGAGGUGACAUUACUUCACAUGUAAAGGAUGUGGGAGAUGAUAAACCAGAGGAGUUGAAAGCUAUCAUUACUACAGAUUGUUCUGAGAGAGGUAAAUCUAUAGCAGAUGAUGAAAAGAUCAGACAUACUUUUGAAAAGAGAGACAACCAAAAAGAGUGUGGUAGUAGUGACAUUUCGAAAAGUGGUGCAGAAAAGGUGAAUGGAAAUCAGUCAGUAAAUAUUGAUGAUGUUAAUGGGAAAGAGAAAGAAGAUGAAGAAGAUGAAGAGGAGGAGGAGGAAAUAUGGAGCAUGCAAGAAAAAGAAAAAUUAUUACACUUUCUUUCUAAAGUGUUUCUUCUGAACUAUCCAUUGUAUGUUGCUUACAAACAUAGUGUUCAGUCCAAGCUAGAAGAGAUUUCUCCUCAAGAGGCUGGAAACUUGAAUGUCUUCUGUGAUCUUCAUGAUCCUGAAAUUCCAGUGUAUCUGUUGCGUAAUGUUUGUCUGUUCUGCAAGAGUGGUGGUGUGCAUGCCAUGACUUUCUGCUUUGAACGUCAAAGCCCAGAAACUCUUCCUGUCUCCAUUGCUCAUGCCAUAAUUGCAAUUGUUUGCAACCUGAAACUGUGGCUUAACUUCCGUUCCAUCAUGCAGUUGUUUGUGCCACUUCGAUCAAAGGUGCUAAGGUACAUGUGUAACUUGGGAGAUAAGGAUCUCCGCACACCAGCAAUCAAAACCAUGGCAGAUUUUAUGUGGAGCGCAGUGAAAGACCCUCUUGAUUCUCCAUUAACAUUUGAUCGAGACGGUUUGGAUUUAGCAUUUAAAUAUUUCACAAGUUCAACAUUGACAAUGCGUUUAGCUGGAAUAGCACAAAUUAACAGCCAUAUUAACAUGUUCAAUGAACUCUGUAACAAUGAAAGCAUCAUUGAAGUUGAAAAUGUGGGCCAGAACUUGGCAAAUUGGUUGAUUGAAAAUCAAAUAAUAUCACAUAUAUUUGGUCCAAAUCUUCAUGUAGAGGUAAUCAAACAGAGUCAUAUAAUAUUAAGUUUCUUGGCAAUGGAGUGUAAAAUAACAAAUGAACACAUAGAUAUUAUUUGGCAAGCUGCACAGCUGAAACAUUGCAGUAAACAAGUCCAUGAUCUCCUGCCUCCUCUUAUUAAGAAUUUAGAAGCUGGUCCAGUACUACAUUUAUAUAGCUUACUGUGCAAACUGGAACCAAAGGAUCACACAGAACAGAGCUUGUAUCUUGCGUCAGCACUGAUCAAGUUUAUAUGGACCAGCGGUGGUACUUACAGCCAAAUAACAAGUGAAGCUCCAUUUUUGGGUCUUGGGAAGACCUCAAUCAUUGGCCUGAAAAAGAGACAUCGUGAGAUAAGCAGCAGUGAGAAUAGUGUCAGUAUGGAGGCUACUAAUUCAGAGGAUGAACAGGCAGAUAGUUCACAGCAGAGUGAUGCCCGCAAGACACCUAGUGAAGCAAGUGAGGGCCCCACACCAUGCAAGCAGGCAAGGAAGCAUAAGAAGCACAUACAUCAUGGUGUGGCAGAUGCUGGCAGUUCUGAUGGCAGUGUUAAAAUUGAGGAUUUGGACAUAGAAGAAGAGGAAGAGGAGGAGGAGGAUGAAGAAGAAGAGGAGGAGGAAGAAGAAGAAGAAGAAGAAGAGGAGGAGGAGGAAGGGAAAGAUGAGCAUAGUGAAGGUGAUACUAAGGAAUUAUCUGUUGGUGUUCCCAAAUCUUCAGCACAGCACAAACAGCAGUUGCCUUCAAAUCUGAAAGUGAAUGAAAGCACAAAGUCAGUUUGUAGAAAACUUGAUAUUGUGCCCAAUUCCAAGUGUCAUGGUGGUAAACGGCAGACAUGUAGUGAUAAUGAGGCCGAUGCAGAUGCUGAGAAAUCUGGCACAGAUGAAAUUCCAGUGAAGCAUAAGAAAAAAAGGAGAAAAGUGUUAAGAAAGCGGAAAAAAAGCAAGAAGUGUGUUCAGGUGUGUGACUCUGUCCCAGGUAAACUGAGUCUCUGUGAGGGUGGUAAACAUUGUCGAGUACGACUGGAAGAGUGCUCUGAUGAGGAGGAGGAAGGUGAUAGCUGCUCUGAGGAAGGUGUCACUAAAGAAGAUACCAGCAUACAAACUGCUGCUGGUACAGAUAAAAUGGCAACCAAAGAUGUUAAAUCCAGUACACUGGAGCCAGAUCAAGAAGUUCCUAAUGUUCUUGUAAGGGAAGGUGGCACAGAACUCAUUCAGCUCAUGGAUGAACAGUCUCAAGAUAGUUCUCAUGACUCAACUCAAGGAGGUGUGAUGACUGAACUAGCAAGCUUAGUCCAAGGCUCAGAAUUUCGACACAGUUCUCCACAUGAGAUCCAUGACUGUCGCCCAUAUAUUAGAAACUUUCAGGCACACAGGGAAUUGAUGGAUGAAAUGAUGAGUGGAGAAGAAGGUAGCUAUUCAUCUCGAAUGAGUAACAAGUCUGAGAAGAACAUGGCUGAUUUUGAUGGAGAGGAGUCAGGUUGUGAUGAUGAACUGGUGCAGCUGGCUGCUCAGGCUCAUCUCUCACCACAUUCACUUCCGCAACACUUAACAAAUAUGCCAUUCCAUUCGAGAUUCCAACAGCCAAAGUUGCCUGGCCGGCCAGGAAUUCAUGAAGUGACUCGAAUCUGCUCACAGUUCAAGAUGGAGAAUGUUUGUAAACCUGGAAGUACUCUCUUGUGGGACUUGUUACAGGAUGACAAAAUAGCACAGCUGGGUGAAGGGUUGGCUUUGGAAGCUGAAAAAGCGCUAUGUAAUUUGUUGUGUUUUAAUACUGAGAGGAUAAUUAGAAUGAAAUUUAUAGAAGGCUGCCUUGAAAAUUUAGCUAAUAAUUGGUCUGUUGUUGUUUCUUUAAGACUGUUACCAAAGUUAUUUGCAUCAUUUCAACAAUUUCGUGGAAUGGACACACAUCAGAUUACAACAUGGGCAGAAAGAGAGCAUAAUAUGAUGCAGUGUUUCUUCAACAAUUUGAAGGUUUACACAAAGGAGGGACCAAAGAGUAAUCUUUACUCUCAUCAGACUGAGAUACAAGUGCGACUGCAGUUUUUAACUUCUGUGUUCUCUCCUGUUGGAUCACCAGAGAGUUUUCGCCUUAGCAUAGAUCAAGUGGAUACAUUAUGGUCAUGUCUAGCUACAGAUGGCCAGUGUAGUGAUGAGUUAUUCAGUUGGCUUCUUAACCAGGCCAAGAGUAAAGACCAGCAUGCAUUGGGCAUGGAUGCGUUGAAGCAUUUGUACAUGAAGAAAUUGCCUUCUUUGGAACCAGAGACUAUCAGCAUGACAGGACUUGGAUUAUUCCAGCAGCUGUGUAAUCUAGCACGUCUUGCUACAGCUCACCUUGAUAGUCCUAUCAAAGAUGUGGAUAUUGUGGGCAUGAAUCACCUCUGGAGGAUUGCCCUUAGAGUUAAUAAUACAGAUGUGAGCAUGGCAGCAAUACAGUAUCUGAACAGCUACUAUGUGGGAAGACAAUUGGAUCAUGAAUCAGAGUUUGUUUCUCAGUGCAUGGCUCAUCUAGCUGCUGCUACAGCUGACCUUGCAGAGUCUGAAGAAUCAAGCCUUCUCUGUAUUCAGAGGGCUCUUUUAUUGCUCAAAACUCACUUGGAAACAUUCAGGAAAAGAUAUGCAUAUCAUUUGCGAAGAUGGGCACUUGAAGGACAAGGAGUGGGGAGCCACGUGCAAUUGAUGAUAGGAGAACGAGGGUGUGUGCCAUUACGAGUGGUAAUCCAACCUGCUGGCAUGGCUGAGAAAGGAACGCUUGAGCUUCUCAGCAGUGAUUAUGUCGCAGACUUACGGGCAGAAGUGGCCAAAUGGUGGGAAACAUUGCAAGUGAAGUGUGCUGGUGAGAAGAAUAACUGCGUGUCUGCAGGCAGUACUCCUGUCUUGGGAUCCCUUCUUACAGAGGGACCUAUUAGAAUGAUCACACAGGGCCAGGAACUCACAACAGAAUUUGAUGAGAAGAUGCUGCAGGAAAUGGGCUUCAAGGAUCUUCAGAUGGUAUUUAUAUCGAUGGGAGCUUCUAGGCAGCAUAAGAAACGUGAUUCUCUAGAUUCUCCCUCUGUCCUGCCACCACCUCCACGUGAAAGUUUGCCAACACUGCUUUUGCUUCAGCCUCAAUAUUUUGAACAGCUUUUCUGUCUGAUGCAGACAUUGAGUUCAAUGAAAACUCCAGUGAAGGGUGGGCACCAGAUACCACACACCAAAGCACAGGUUUUGUCUCGACGUGUUUGGGACAUUCUGACUCUUCUACCAACAAGCCCUAUCUUGCUGCAAGGUUUCCAGCAACUUGAGAAUUCAGAAAACAUCUCACUGCAACAACUUCUUGAUCCUGCUAGUCCUCAGAAGCUGAUGUACUCUUUGUAUAUUGUGGAGUCUCUUAGCCGGCCCAUUGCCUUAGUUAAGAAAAACAAGUCUUCAGUGAAUAACCAUGGGACAGCAGAUGGUCCUAACUCAGAGAGAAGUAAGGAGUCUACCUCUGCUGGAAGCUGGAGUCAAAUGUUCAUACAGCAGGGUGGCCUGAGACACCUAUUUGAUAUCUUCAUGUCAGGUGUACUGCAGAGGUCAGGUGGUGAUGGCAGUGAGUGGCAGCAGGACUGUCUGGCAUGUCUGCUUAAACUGCUCUGCCAGUUAGGUGUGUCUUCAGAGGAUGGAGAUAUUUUACAUGACGUUCCUGACAAUCUUCGCAACAAACGUGCCAGACGGUUUCGCAAAGGAAGCUCUGAUAAACUGGUUGUAUCAAAACUGAAUGAGGCAAUGCUACAAAUGAUGGAUGUGGACUCUGUGAUGCCUCGAUUAACGAGCAUUCUUCAUGAGGCAUCUCUUCCAAGAGACCCAAAUCAUUACAAAACAGGGUUCUGGGGAAGAGCUCAGGUUGUGCAUUAUGCCAUGGCACUGCUUGUAUCUUGGGUACAUUCAGGUGAGCAGGUCAGACAGGCCCUGUUUGCUGCUCCUCAUUUUAACACUUGGCUUCAACGAUUGGUGCUGGAGGAUCCAGAACCUGCUGUGCGACGUGAAGUAUGUACCGCCCUAUAUCGUCUCUGUCUUGGUUCUUCUCCCACACCAGUCCCUGCGGCCAACAUCGGUCUUAAUGUCACUGCACAUAUGCUGGGAAAUCUCAUGGAAUACUUGGUCAUUGCAGAGGGCAUGAGGCCACAGAAACUAGAGGCACUCCACCAUCCUUCGGAGGAUGGGAAGGAGCCAUAUGGUCCUGCUUGCCGAGAUUAUUUUUGGCUGCUUUGUCGUCUAGUGGAUAGCCUUCAUGAUGAUCUUAUUAAAGAAAGUAUUGAAGAUCCUCAUACCUGUGUGGUUGAUGUUGAUGGAUUGGCAAAGAAACUAGCAGAGUCCAUCUUAGCUCGAGAAUACCUUGAAACUAGGCAUAAUACUGUAGAAGAUGAUGGACUCAUUGGCUUAUUGAACCUCAUGUCUAAUGUGAUGAAACAUAACCCACCAUUUAAAACCAGUAAAGAAGGUCAAGAGUUCCUUAGCCAGGUGUUUGACUUCUUGUUUGCAUUACCAAAUCCUCGAAAACGGUAUGUGCCCAAGUGCAAAUCACAGUUGUCACGCUCCUCAGCAUAUGACCUUCUUGUAGAAAUGGUGAAAGGUUGCCCAGAUAACUACAGACUGCUUCAUGAGAGGCUUCUUGCUCAACAUAAACCAGGACCCAAUUCACCAUAUCCGUGGGACUACUGGCCACAUGAAGAUGGACGCUCAGACUGUGGCUAUGUGGGUCUUACCAAUCUUGGUGCAACAUGUUACAUGGCAUCUUGUAUGCAGCAUCUGUACAUGAUGCCUCAAGCUCGCACCUCAAUCUUGCGAGCAAAGUGUGAUAACAACAGCAAACAUGAGCAUACCCUUCGAGAGUUGCAGAGGAUGUUUGCAUAUCUCCUUGAAAGUGAAAGGAAAGCAUAUAACCCAAGGAGUUUUUGCAAGGUAUACACAAUGGACCACCAGCCACUGAACACAGGAGAACAGAAAGAUAUGGCUGAAUUUUUUAUUGAUUUAGUGUCAAAACUUGAAGAAAUGACACCAGAGUUAAAGAACCUAGUCAAAACACUCUUUGGUGGUGUGAUCAGUAACAAUGUUGUAUCUUUGGACUGUGAACAUGUGAGCCGGACACUGGAAGAGUUUUAUACCGUUCGUUGCCAAGUAGCUGACAUGCGUAACUUGUAUGAAUCGCUGGAUGAAGUGACUGUAAAGGAUACACUUGAGGGUGACAACAUGUACACCUGUUCACAGUGUGGGAAGAAAGUUCGUGCAGAGAAGAGGGCUUGCUUCAAGAAGCUACCACAUAUUCUGUGUUUCAACACAAUGAGAUAUACUUUUAACAUGGUCACAAUGCUUAAAGAGAAAGUUAACACUCACUUCUCAUUUCCGCUGAGACUGGAUAUGUCAGGUUAUGUUGAAAAGCAUCUCAUGCCACAACAUUAUCAAGAGGAGAAAAGAAAGUCUCAGUUGCGUAAAUCGGAACAUUCAAAGGAAGUGAAAGAAACUGUGUCUACAUCAAGUAAUAGUGACUGUAGUAAAUCUGACUUGUCAAAACUUUUGACAGAAGAAAGGGAAGACUGUGAAGAUUCAGAUUCUGAGGACUUUAAUGAGUGUUAUGAGUAUGACCUAAUAGGCGUAACAGUGCAUACGGGUACAGCAGAUGGUGGUCAUUAUUAUAGUUUUAUUCGGGACCGCACUACUUCGAAUCGUGAUAAGUGGUUCCUGUUCAACGAUGCAGAAGUCAAACCUUUUGAUCCAAAUCAAAUUGCAGCUGAAUGCUUUGGGGGAGAAAUGACGAGUAAAACUUAUGACUCGGUAACGGACAAGUUCAUGGACUUCAGCUUUGAGAAGACAAACAGCGCGUACAUGUUAUUCUAUGAAUGGUGCAGCCGUGAUGGAGAACAGCGAGGUGCAAAAGAGGAGACUAGUGAUCCAGAAUCCACCUCUCCUGCCUCAGCAAUUUCCCUGGAACCUAAAUCUAGCUCUGACUGUAGCCCUAGCUUGCAGCAACAGCAGCAGCAGCAGCAGCAGCAGCAGCAGAGCUGUCCAACUUUUGAACUGAGUAAGGAGCUUGAGGAUUGGAUCUGGCAGGACAACAUGCACUUCUUAAAGGACAAGAAUAUCUUCGAACAUACGUACUUCAACUUCAUGUGGCAAGUUUGUGGCUACAUUCCGCAAACACUGUUGAGCCAGGGUCAGGACUUCACUGAAAUUUCUGCACAGCUGUCAACAUCAUUCUUCAUAGAGACUUUUAUUCAUGCCAAAGAAAAGCCAACAAUGGUGCAGUGGGUGGAGCUGUUGACAAAACAGUUUAAUGCAUCACAGGCAGCUUGUGAGUGGUUCCUGGAUCAUAUGGCACACAGUGAGUGGUGGCCAGUACAAAUUCUGAUCAAGUGCCCGAAUCAGAUGGUUCGUCAGAUGUUUCAAAGACUCUGCAUCCAUGUUAUUCAGAGGCUACGGCAGAAUCAUGCACCACUGUACUUGAAGGCAGAUUCUGAUGAUGAAGGACCAGAAGAAUCAGAUUCUAGGAAGGUUGGGACACAUUCCUGUGUCACAAUGUUCAUCAAGAUGUUGCUUUCAUUGAUGGAGCAUGGUGCCAAGGCCCACUUGAAACACCUGACAGAAUACUUUGCCUUCCUUAAUGAGUUCAGUAAAAUGGGUGAAGAGGAGAGCCAAUUCCUUAUUUCUGUCCAUGCUGUAUCUUCAAUGGUCAACUUCUAUCUAGGACAGAAAGCUCAGGACUAUGUGGAGGUUGUAAGUGAGGAAGAUGAGGAAGAAGAUGUAAUUCCACUGCCCACAGAUAAAUACAAACCUGCAUCUCUAGAGAAGAUGAUUACUUUAGUAGCUUCGUUGGUGGAGAGGUCACGGGGCUCUGAUCACCUGCUGCAGUUAUCAACUCAGGACUUUAAUGCAAUUGCUGGAGGAAAGGGAUUCCCAUUUCUCUUCCAGCAGAUCAAAGACUGCAUCAACUUACACCAGACUAGGAACUUAAUAUAUGCACUGUGUCGCUGGAAUGAAAGGCUGGCCAUCCAUAUUGUAGCAAUGAUAUUUCAGGCUAUUACAAAACACACAGAAAUCUGCCAGCCAUUCUUCAAGCUGCUGACUCUAAUCACAGAGCCUUCAAGUGGUCCAUCUGGUCUUCCUUGUUUCACACAGCUGGUUCUUCAGAGGAUAUGGGAAGUUGCAGAAUUCUGUCCUCAGAGUGCCCUUGAUUGGUUGGCUGUACAGGUACCUCGCAACAAACUCGCUCACUCGUGGGUACUCCAGAGCAUGGAGACAUGGGUGGAACACUUCCUGUUGGGUCAUAAUAACCAGCGGGUGCGGUCAGCUGCUGCAUACCUUCUGGUAUCUCUUAUUCCAAGCCCACACUUCAGGCAAGGAUAUCGGACAGCUCGCACCCUUGCCAGCCCACACAAGGAAAUGUUGAUUGCAUCAGAAGCACAGUUAGUGCUCCAUCAGGUGUACACUGUUCUGUUGCAUUUGUUGAAACCAGCACGACACUAUACUGACAUUCAGACUCAUGGUACAAUGAAACUCACUGCAUACUUUGCUCUCCUUACAUAUUGCAUCAUCUCUCGGACUGAGAAACUUAUGUUUGGCCAGUACUUCUUGGACCUGUGGCAGCUGUUCCAUCCCAAGCUUUCUGAGCCAUCGAUCCCCGUCCAUCAUAACAAGCAAGCAUUGUUGUUGUUCUGGCACCAUGUGUGCAUAGAUUGUCCCGAAAAUGUGCAGCUUAUACUUCAGAAUGCUCAUGUCACAAAGAACAUCGCAUUCAACUACAUACUUGCUGAUCAUGAAGACCAGGAUGUUGUGUUAUUCAACCGUGGUAUGUUACCUGCAUAUUAUGGGUUACUUCGACUCUGCUGCCUGCAGUCUCGCACGUUCACUCGACAGCUGGCUAAUCACCAGAAUCUGCACUGGGCAUUCAAGAACAUUACACCACAUCCUACUCAAUACAGUGCUGCUGUGGAUGAGCUGUUUAAGCUGAUCCAGCUUUUUGUCGUGAAGUUUCCAGAUAGCACAGAGCAGGAGAUACAUGAAAUAAAUGCUUUUAAGAAACAGACUUUGCAACUGUAUCUUCAGAUUUUGGACAGUAGAUCUUGCUGGGCAACGUUAAUUCUAGCUUUCCGUUCUCUCAUAGAUCAUGAUGAUGACAGAAUGUAUGUAAUUUAUAAUGGUGGACUGCAGAUGGCAUUUGAGGCUUUCCACACUUUGCACGUGAUGUACCAUGAAGCCACUGCCUGCCAUGUGUCAGGGGAUCUGCUGGAACUGCUGUCCAUACUGUUAGACUUGAUGAAAUGUCUGCGCGUGUACCGUGAAAACAAGGAUGUGCGUGGCGUGUUGCUGGGUACAAAGGAGUGGGUGGAAGUUCUGCGUAAAUUAGCCACUCUGCUGAACACAUAUAACUCAUCUGAAAUGCGAGCCUCAUGCAUCGAGGUUUUAAAGGAGAUCCUGAUGCUGCUACCCUCAGAAGUCAUACAAGUGUUGGUGCCCUUGUUAUCUCACUGCCAUGCAGCAUUCCAAGAAAGUCACAAUGCUUUGCCAAUGGGACCAUACUUUCCUCGUCGAGGACACAAAAUGCCUGCUCUGGGACUGAAGACUGGCACACGUCCAUCAAGACCCAUGGUACAGAUGGCAGUUCCUCAUGGUCAGCUUGAAGCUGCUAAGGGUGUUGAUCCUGACUAUGAUAAAGCACUGCUUGAGUUCUAUUCACCAUACCACGAUUUUAUUGAUGUCAUGUGUCGCCUCGCUAUUAACAAUGACUGCAUGUCUGAGGCGCUCGUGAACCUGAGUGCCAUGGUUGGCUUUGAGGGUGUUCCCCUUCAUCUCACCUAUUUCCCCAAACUGUGGCUGGAUAUACACCAUGCUCAGCAUGUGGACAGGAAGUACAUAAUGAUGCUGACAAACAGUAAUUACUUUGUUGACUAUGUGGAGGCUGUGCUGUUAGAUGAAAGGUCAUGUCUCAACAAUGGCAUCAUUUACAACUUCCUAUCAGUGUACUUCCCAAAGGUAGCAGCACAUGUGUUGACAGAGCAGACUUGUAAUUUGAUUGAGAAUCUGAUAUCGUCUCUGUCAGAUAUAAUGAGCCAAGUAAACGUACAGGCCACCGCAUAUAAGUUGAAUGGUGAUUUGCGAGCCUUGGCCCUUGUGUACAACUCGGACGUUCCCCUUUCACCAUCAGAAGAACUUAUCUCCACAAUUGAUGCUUUGCUAGAGAAGACAAAGCUUGCACGCAAGCAGACUGCUGAAGCGGAUUUAACUGAUGAGACUCCAUCAAAGAAACGUAAAUUAAGCCUACAAAAAGAGGAUAAUGACGGCUCAAAAGUUCCGCCAACAGCAUCAGCUGCAUUAGGUUCAGCAUCAACUUCUGCAUCUUCAUCAUCGUCAUCGUCAUCCCCGUCAUCAUCAGCAGGUUGUUCGAAGGAAACAGAAGCAGAUGAACUUUCAACUCCUGUUGAGGAGCAGGAAGACAUGGAUUGGCUUGAAGUCCUUGAAAAGACUGUCACAGACUUAAAGGAGUCUGUGGAGAAGAAGGGCUGAGUUGAAACUGUCAUAGGUGUGUAAUGGUAACUAGUCUGUCACAUUCCCACACAACCAUGUACCUGUGUCUUGCAGGCAAGGGACAUAAGUGGGGUAGCAUUUGAGACUCCAAAUUGCUCCUGGACAAGGACUUAUAUUCAUGGAAUUACUCAUUUCAUAUAUACUUAUUUUGUUGGUGUGUUGAAAAGUGUAAGUGGUAUGUACUAAUCAGAUAUUGGUCACUUUAAAACAUAAUUAGUUGUUUGAAUUAUUUAGAUUUUCAGGCAACAUUGAUGUGGUGCCAUUUUACAAAUAGUGUCAUCUGAUAUUAGGCUUUCAGAGCCAGUUCAUUUUGGCUGUUAUAUUUACAUCUGUGGUAACUAAACCAAAUCUACCUUAUUUGCAAAUCCAAGGUAGCCUGAUUGAAUUUAAUAUAAUUUGACAUACGGUACAACAGCAUGACCUGUUUGAAACUUGCUGUGUUGCGACAGUGAAAUAGUCAUAUUUUAAUGUAAACUUUCCAGGCCAGCAUAAUGGCCAGACUGUCCAUUCCACUAUCACAUUAAAUAAAAUUAUUUCUGAGUGUUCUAAUGCUUUUCAAGGUUCAGCCAAAUUAAAUGUAACUUGCUGCAUAAACAUGUGAUACAGUAUAGUGAUCCAAAUUGAGAGUGCAGAAUCACAAACUGGGUGUCACCAUCGUCUUCUCCUUAUUUACUGACAGUUUAUCACUAUAGUGGUGAAAUCAGUAUUGUGCUCCAGUUAAACUAGUCUUUGUAGCAGUGUAAUGGAAUGAUUUUAUGCCUUUUCUCCAUUGCCUACAUUUUUGAAACUUUAAUAUGCUAUCUGCUCCAGUGAGACAGGAUACAUACGGAAUAUAUACAUAGAUAUAAAUAUAUAGUUGUAAUUAUUUUGUUAGUGUGAGACUGAGCUAUUUAUAAAACUAUAUCACAAGUUUUUUUAUUUACGAAAUAUAGUACACUAAGGGGGGUGGGAGGGGUGAUUUGAAUGUGUAGUUUUACAGUUCUGUGUGCCAUUGCUGAGUCACAUGACAUACAUUUAUAUGGAUGAACGUUUGUUGUACAAAUGCUUUUUCAUUUAGUAAUAUAGUGAAAUAUAUGAAAGUGCUAACCUUCAUGACUGCCAGCCAGAGGAAGGGUGUGCAACUCAAUAGAAACUUUCAUUAGGAGAGUAAUUUAUGAAUGAAUGUAUGGAAGAACAGUUCUGCACUCAUUUCACACAGCAUCAUCAUUUUUGUAUAUUUUGGAAAUGGUGUAACUUUGUAUGAAGACUUAACAUUAUAUUUUUGGCUUCCCAUUGAGUCCCAAUAUCAGUUUGCUUAUAGUUGCAUGCCACACAUUUGUGUCUUAAAAGGUUCCUGCAUUUUGUGGAAUUCAUCUGAACAUUAGUGAUCAAAUGAGUGUAUGGGUGCUGGUGUGUAUGAAUUAAAGUGUUAUUGGACCAAAGCUUUCAUAUUUGUUUCACUUCGAUUAGGAAUAAAGAUUGUAAUCCAUGGCUGUGGAAUAAAUGAGUAACAGUUAAAAAUGUCA